UUUCUGUUCAGAAAACAAAGAAACAAAAGAAGUUUUAUACGCAAGAGAAAAAGGAAACAUUUUUUUUUCUGCUUUCUUGUGUUUAAUGUGGUUUCUUGAUGAGAUUAUUUCCUAGGAAACUGAAACCUUUCUUGGGUAACCGAGAUUUUUUUUUUUUUUGGUUUGAAUUUUAUGGAAAAUGCAGUUUUUUUAGAAGACGAAAGGGGGGGUUUGAGUGAUUGAGAGAGAUCGGAGAAAUGGGGUGCUGUUAUUCACGAGUAGAGAGAGAGGAGUUGGUUUCACGGUGUAAAGCUCGGAAGAGUUAUAUGAAACAGUUUGUGAAGGCCAGACAUGCUUUUUCCGCGGCGCAUACUAUGUAUAUAAGGUCUCUCCGGAAUACCGGCUCGGCCCUUUUCCAGUUCGCCACCGCCGAGACGAAUCUCCGCCGCAUUCCGCCGCCGCAGAAUCCGUUACGGCCGCCGUUGCCCUCCACGCCGCCUCCGCCUCCGCCGCCGCCGUUCAGCCCAACUCCGACGACCGUGACAUGGACCACCUCCACCACCACGUCCUCCGCCGUCCGGCCGCCACCGCCGCCGCUGCCGCCGCACGGAUCCAGCUGGGAUUUCUGGGACCCGUUCGUGCCGGCGUCGUCGAGGUCCGUGACGGAGGAGGAGUGGGAGGAGACGACCGUGGCGUCGGAGGUGGCCGUGACCACCACCACCACCGCCGCCGGGGAGGCGAGCGUGGCGGCGCCGCCGUCCGUGGUGAGUCAGUACUCGAAAGACACCACCGCCACCACCAGCGAUCUUGCGGUGGUGGUCUCCACCAAGAGUAAAGACUUGGUGGAGAUCAUCAAAGAAUUGGAUGAGUACUUCCUCAAGGCGGCUAACGCCGGCGCCCAACUCUCAUUGCUCUUAGAAGUCCCCACCGGCACUAUCUCCGACCAAAGAUCCUCAGGGAAAAGUUUAGGGCCAUUGUUAUGGUCAUUCCGGUCGAGUCCAAAAUGGAAUGGAUUUGGGAGAUGUUGCGAUGAAUCAAUUGGGAAUGGAAUUUGUGUUGGCGGUGGUGGUGAUGGCGCCUCUAGCCAUUGUUCCACAGUGGAGAGAUUGUAUGCCUGGGAGAAGAAGCUCUACCUAGAAGUUAGGAAUGCCGAGACACUGAAAUUAGAGCACGAGAAAAAGGUGGCACACCUUCGGAAGCUAGAAAUGAAAAGAGCCGAUUAUGUAAAGACUGAGAAGGCGAAGAAAGAGGUCGAGAAAUUGGAAUCACAGAUGAUGGUGGCCUCGCAAGCUAUAGAAACGAUCUCUGCUGAAAUCGUCAAAUUAAGAGAAUCAGAGCUUUACCCGCAACUUGUUAAUCUUGUCAAAGGAUUGAUGUACAUGUGGAGGAGCAUGUACGAGAGCCAUCAGGUCCAGACGCACAUAGUCCAGCAGCUCAAGUAUCUUAGCGCGAUACUGCCUACCGAUCCUACGUCUGAAAUUCAUCGACAAUCGACUCUCCAACUCGAGCUUGAAGUUCAACAGUGGCACCUCUCGUUUUGCAACCUCGUGAAAGCUCAACGGGAUUACAUUCAGUCCCUGACCGGAUGGCUCAGGCUUAGCAUGUUCCAACUUAGUAACAAGCUGGUGCAGAAAACCAGUCAAGACUCUUCGGUUUACUCGUUUUGUGAAGAGUGGCAUCUCGCGGUCAAUAAUGCCCCUGACAAGGUCGCGUCUGAAGGAAUCAAGAGCUUUUUAAGCGUGAUAAAUGCUAUUGUCGUCCAGCAGACGGACGAGCUAAAGCAAAAGAAGAGGUUGGAUUUGUCAGUCAAAGAACUCGAGAAGAAGGCUAAUGAACUUAGGUCGAUGGAGUCCAAGUACGGUCCGUACUCGAUGUCUGACACCUCUCGUGGUACAAGUAGCAAGAAUCCCGUGGGUCUGAGGCGGGUUAAGGUUGACACGCUAAGAGCGAGGGCAGAGGACGAGAAGGCCAAAUACGACAAGUUGGUGGGCGUAACGAGGGCCAUGACAUUGAGCAACCUACAGAUGGGACUGCCGCACGUCUUUCAGGCAGUGACGGGCUUCGCCAACGUCUGCACUCACGCAUUCGAGUCGGUAUACAAUCAGGCUAAAAGCAGCGGCGGGUUGAACGAUGUGAAGAGGAUUUCGCUCUAGAUAUGUAGUUGUCGUCGCUUUCCCAGGAAGUUGAGCUACAUUCUUAAUUUUGUCUCAAUGUAUAGUCGCGUGCUUUCUCGCUUUCUGGAAAACUGGUUGCAGAUUGUCUGAAACGUGCACGAGGGAAUGGGGGAUUAUCGCGUGUUAUCUCUCGAGUUGUCAUCGUCACUGUGCAAGUAGUGUUGAUGGUGGAGGCUAAUGCAGAUGAUAGAAUGUAUAAUUUAUGUUAUGUUUUUGUACAUCAGUUAAUCAGUGUCAGUAUCUGAGGAGUCUUUCUGUCUAAUUCUGUCUUGUUUUUAGUGUUUCAGAAGUCCAUUCUGUAUUCAUCUGACAAAAUUCUGCUAGAAUCUGUGUUUUCUUGCAAGUAUUUAAUGAAUCAGAAUCCUGAGUUUGCAGAA